AUGUCUGGCGCCGAACUUGUCGGCAUAAUUUCUGCUGUUAUUUCUAUUGUUGAUGCCACAAUCAAAGUGUACAAUGCCGCCAAGGAUGAUGCUGGUCUGCCGCCCAACUUCAAAACGGUAUCGACAAAAUUUCCUUUGGUCUCAAUGCUUCUCAAGGAUGCGGAGAGAUAUAUCAACGACAAAGCAGACAGCACCAUCACUGCAACUUUUACACCCGUCUUGACCCAUUGCAAGGAGAAAGCUACAGAGCUGCAGCAGGUGUUUGAGAAAGUCAUUCCAACGGAGGGUGAUGCGAGGAUUGAACGAUAUUUCAAAGCUGCCCGAGCCAUUGGCAAAGGUGGCCGUGUGGAGACGCUGAUGGAAGGAAUUCUUCAUGAUUUACAACUCCUGACGGCAAAGCUUCCUGUGGCCAUAUCGGCAAGAGGCCAAGCGAGCUUAACAGAGGCGAUUGAGGAAGUGAAAGAGCUGGAUCCAUCCUUGCCUGACGGGUUCGAAGACGCACCAUCAUUUGCACAUUCUGGCACCGGUGCGCAGAACGCCAAUACUGGGCUUGCAGACAGGGGCGAAAACUUGGUGGCCCAUUUCUUCUCGAACGCGGGCGCUUGUGCCACCAGGAGUCAGUGCAAUGAAUUCGCCAGCAACACGUUUGGAGGUCCUACCAAGCCUGUUCCAAUGCAGGGUCUAUUUAGCUACAGUGUCAUCACCGCGAAUGAUUCAGUUAUUGUUCAAUUUCGUGAUCCAGCCUCCCCGCUGGACGUUGGGAUGGUAAACGCGGCUCACCGUAUCCAUUCCGAAGUUGUCGCUGGCUGUAGCUACCUCGGGACCCUGGGAACAUCGCCCGGGCUGCCGAUAUAUUCCAUGAAAAUGCUCCCCGGCGACAACUAUUUGAGCAUCUCCCUCUCCGAAUCAUCCGAAGAUUUGGCCUUUCAGCUGGCUACGAUACGCAGUUUAGCAAGAUUUUUUGCUCAGUCCUGGCAGUAUAAUGCUGACUCGUAUGUGAGCUCCAACAUUUUGGAAGAAUGCCGUUCUAGCUUCGAUAACCUCAUUACUACCCUCCCCUCUUGCCUCGAGAAAACUGCUGCCUGGGCUUCCGAACACACCCCCCUCCUCGACGAGCACCAGAGCGCCGAUGACGGCCGUCGCUCCGCCGCCGCCGCCGCCGCCGCCCAGCGCCGCACUGUCCGCGAGGUCGCCAUCUUUGGCUGGGCUCUCGUCGCCACGGCCGCCUUCAUCGUGCUCGCCGUGUGGGUGCAGCACGCGCAGCAGACGCACCCGCCGCCGUCCACCCCGGCGCCCAAGCGCAACCUCGUCUUCAUGGUGUCGGACGGCAUGGGCCCGGCCUCGCUCGCCCUCGCCCGCGGCUACCACCAGCACGUCGCGCGCCUCGCCCACGACGACGUGCUCGCCCUCGACCGCCACUUGUGGGGCACCAGCCGCACGCGGUCCUCCGACUCGCUCGUCACCGACAGCGCCGCCGGCGCCACUGCCUUCUCCUGCGCCCGCAAGACGUACAACGGCGCCAUCGCCGUCCUGCCCGACGGCCGCCCCUGCGGCUCCGUCCUCGAGGCCGCCAAGCGCGCCGGCUACGCCACCGGCCUCGUCGCCACCACGUACCUCACCGACGCCACCCCCGCGUGCUUUGCCGCCCACGUGCCCUACCGCGAGAUGAUGGACGCCAUCGCCCUGCAGGAGGUCGGCGAGGGCCCGCUCGGCCGCUCCGUCGACCUGCUGCUCGGCGGCGGCCGCUGCUACUUCUUGCCCAACUCCUCCGCCGACGGCUGCCGCCAGGACGACGUCGACGUCACCAGCAUUGCCCGCGACAAGCACGGCUGGACCUACGUCGACUCGCGCGCCGCCUUUGACGCCCUCGACGGCGGCCACGCCGCCACGCUCCCGCUGCUCGGCCUCGUCGCCCGCGGCAACGUCCCCUUUGAGCUCGACCGCCGCGCCCUCAACGACACGUACCCGAGCCUCGCCGAGAUGACCACGACGGCGCUGCGCGCCCUCGCGCGCGCCACGGCCGACUCGGACCGCGGCUUCUUCGUGCUCAUCGAGGGCAGCCGCAUCGACCACGCGGGGCACAUCAACGACCCGGCCGCGCAGGUGCACGAGGUGCUCGCCUACGACGCCGCCUUCCGCGCCGUGCUCGACUUCAUCGCCGCCUCGCCCACCGAGACGGUGCUCGUCGCCACCUCGGACCACGAGACGGGCGGGCUCGCCACCGCCCUGCAGCGGCCCGACGAGCCCCGAGGCCACCGCCUCGCCGCCGCGCUGCGCGCCCACAGCAGCCAUCGCCGCUCCCGGGACAGCGCCGCCGCCUUCCGCCAGUACGUGCGCGACGAGGUCGUCAGCGCCGGUCUGGGCAUCCCCGCGGCGGACAUCACCGAGGCCGAGGUGGACAGCCUCGUGGCGGCCGCCGAGGACACGGAGCGCGCCAGGACGCUCUUGGCGCACAUCAUCUCGCGCCGCGCGCAUAUUGGCUGGAGCACGCACGGGCACACCGCCGUCGACGUCAACAUUUACUCGUCGGGCGGGCCCGGCACCGACGCCCUCCGCGGCAACGUCGAGAACACAGAGGUCGGCGACUUUCUGCGCCGGUACCUCGACGUCGACGUCGACGCCAUCACCAGGGAGCUGCAGGCCAAGAGCCGCCGCAGCGACGAGAUUGCCGGUGUCAUGGGGGCGCCGCGGGGUGCGUUUGACGAGUACCACGCCCACUUGAGGAACUGA